CUGGGCGCAGGUGCGUUCCGCUCUGCGUCUCUCGGUUGCUUGGCUCGCGUGAUGGAGCGGGCCCAGGCGGCAUCGGAAGGAGACCAGGCCGAGUUCUCCAUGAACCCGCUGGGGAGCCAGGUCGCGGAGCCGCAGCAGCCUCAGGUCUCUGCCGGCGAGCGCCGGCCUGAGAGUCCCGAGGGCAGCUUGUGUCUGGUCCCGGCCGUCAAGGUGGCGGCGGGCGCGGGCCAGGACCUCGCCGGCGGGAAGAAGCAGCCCCCGCCCCGCCCGGCGUUCCUGAGGCUGCCGCCACCCAGCCUGGGCUACGGCGCCUUCCGCCGCCAGGCGUCCGCGGGCUCCGAGCCGCCGUCGCCCGGCCCCGCCGCGGCGGAGCAGCCCCAGGCCGGCGAGGCGCCGGGGGCCGAGCUGGCGCCAGGGGAGCAGCAGCCUGGCGCUUGGGCGCCGGUGGAACUGCAGGUGGACGUGCGCGUGAAGUCCGUGGGCGCGGCCGGGAGCAGCCGCGCGCCCUCGCCGGCGCCCUCCACGCGCUUCCUCACCGUGCCGGUGCCCGAGUCCCCGGCCUUCUCCCGCCACGCCUUACCCGCCCUCCCGCUCCUGCCGCGGAACCCUGCCUGGCCGGAGCGCGGCCUCGAUGCCGAGGGCCGGGCCAGCCCCGCCGACGGGCGCACUGAGCCCCCGGGCUCCCCCACCACGUGCCGCGGCCGCUGCAGGGAGCUGGGGCUGGAGAAGAAGGAGGACGCCGCGCUGCUGUCCCGCGCCGAGACGCGCGGCGGCGAGAAGCUGCCCCGGGCCAUAGAGCUCAUAGGGCUGCCUCUGUACAUGAAGUCCCUGCGCUGGGCCCUAGCGGUCAUGGCUGUGUUUCUGGCGGUGUCCGCGGUCGCCAUUGUGGCCCUGGCUUCUAGAACAGGCGCCACGUGCCGGCCGUGCCCGCCGGGCUGGAUGUGGCGUGAGGAGCAUUGCUACUACGUCUCUGCCGAGGCUCGGGCCUGGGAGGCCAGCCAGGCCUUCUGCUUGGCUCACCGCGCCACCCUCCCCCUGCCGGACCACACCCAGGACUUCCUGAGCAGAUAUCCGCUCACCAAACACUCCUGGCUGGGGGCCCGGCGAGGCCCCCAGGGCUGGCACUGGAUCGACGGGGCCCCACUACCGCCCCAGCUACUCCCGGAGGAAGAUGAGGACCAGCCCGGCCUCAAGUGCGGGGGCCUGGAGGAAGGCAAGGUUGUGGCUUGGGACUGUGCCUCUCCAAGACCCUGGGUCUGCGCCAAGCGGACCGAGUGAUUGGGGUUCUGCCCGUCCGGGGACUUCGGGGGCGUGCGGCCCCAAGCGGAGGCCAGGUGGCCGGCUGGGGUAGCCACUCCCCUCCCUGGACCCAGGCUUCGGGGUGUCCCUGCUUGGCGCUGAGGGGCCCUCUCUGAGCGAAGCCGGGACUGGACUUCUGGUGCGAGCAGAUCACGUCCAGGGGAACGGAGGUUUUCUGGGGCCCUGGACAGAGUGUGUAUUUUAGCCUCCAGCCUCCGAAGUGGAUUCGUUGGGUUACCUUGGGAUGGUUUCUGAGCACUUUUGAGCCUGGGUUUCUCCCUCAUUAAAAUGGCGUUCCGCA